GUCUUUGAUUAGCUCCAGGCUCGGCUGGGGCAAUGCCGGCAUGUGCUGACGACAAUAUCCAUCUCGUCUAGAUUUAUAAGUUCUGACUUCUGACAGCUCUCUCCUGUCUCCUGGUCUAGCAGUAACUAGCCCAGCAUGGAGCUCACCCUGGGGACUGUCCUGGCCGCCCUGGCCGGGCUCUACUUCCUCUACAAAGCCGUCUCCUUUGCCCGGUUCUACAUCAUCGGUCGUCGCACCGGGUUUCCCCUUUUUGUGACCCCUCUGUUCACUCAGCAUGUACUCUGGAUGUUUGUGGGACCGACCUUCCAGCCGCAAUUAAGGCGAUAUCUGCCCCGAUGUCUCUAUGAGCAUCUCGACAUCACCAUCCACGGGUGGGAGUUCCGCCACAAGAAUGAGAUGCAUCGCCGGUUCGGCAAAAUAUUCGCCAUCGUCUCGCCCGAUGAAUGUUCGCUUUGGAUAGCCGACCCGACAGUCGCCAGUACCGUCUUGCAACGGCGUAAAGACUUUGUCAUGCCCCCCGUCGUGGCCCAAUUCAUCGGUUUCUUCGGGCCUAACCUCCUGCAAUCCAACGGUGAUGAUUGGACCCGCAUGCGACGAAUCAUAGCCCCCAAUCUCAAUGAAGCCAUCAUGGACACGGUGUGGAAUGAGACUAGUCACCAGGCGCAGUCGAUGCUCGGUUACCUCCUGCAGCAUCCUGGCGGCAAGACCCUAAGCGGGCUCCGCAGCGUGGCUAUCAACGUCAUAGGACAAGCCGGCUACGGGCAGAAUCAGCCCUGGUCCCCGGACUUUAUGGAGACCCUGGGAGAGGACUGGGAGGGAGCCAGAGUGUCUUACUUCAAGACAAUCGCCAUGGUGGCAGAUCGGUUCUUCGAAUCAGCCCUGAUCCCGGGCAAGUUGAAAACGAUGCCCUUCAUGCCCAAGUAUCUGCGCCUGCUCGGCCGCCAGAUGGCAAACGUGCCCCAGUAUAUCAAGGAGAUCUUGGACGACGAACGGAAUGCCAAGUCGGGCGAGUCACCCAAGAAGCGCAGUAAUCUUCUGGACUUGCUGGUCCAGUUCUCAGACCCCGACAGGGAGCGCUCUUCCUCAUCGUUGUUUCUGACCGGCUCUGAGAUCAGCGGCAACCUAUGGGUGUUUACAGGUGCUGGGUUCGACACCACAGCGAACACGAUGGGGUAUGCUGUGAUUCUCCUAGCUAUGUAUCCGCAAUGGCAGGAUUGGAUGCGCGAAGAGCUGCGCGGUCUGGAUACUGAUGUCUCGAACUGGGGGUAUGAUGUGUUUUCCCGAUGCCCGCGCGUAUUGGCUGUCAUGUUCGAAACCCUACGCCUCUUCACGCCCGUCCCGCACGCCACGCGCUCUGUGGCCACGACACAGCAGGUAGCCGAUGGCUAUGGCGUCCACGUACUGUCGUCACCAAUGACCGUGUUUGUCUCGCAACAGAGCAUCCAUGCCGACGCAGACAUCUGGGGAGCUGAUGUGGACGACUUCCGACCCACGCGGUGGCUGGACGAGGCGGGUCAGGUCGUGGUACCGCCGAAGGGCACGUUCCUGCCGUGGUCCGGAGGGCCCCGCGUUUGCCCGGGCCAAAAAAUGUCCCAGGUCGAGUUUGUUGCAACAGUAGCGACACUGUUCCGGCAUACGAGGUGCGAGCCGUUGCCACAGAAAGGGAUGACAGCGGAGGAAUUGCAGGCGCGGCUGAAGGAGCUGAUGGAGGAUUCGGCACAGAAGCUGACGAUUCAGGUGAGAAGGCCGAAUGAGGUGCAGCUGCAGUGGGUACAAUGUUGAGUUGAGCUCUGCAUGAAGCCAAGCCAUCUCGCACUAUUAUGUACCUAAACUUUUUGAUUGCCAAGAUGGCAAAUAAAUACAUGCUAGCCAG